UUAGAACUUCCCUAUGCUUUGGGGAUUAAAUCACUUCUUCCCCUUUUGCUAACUCUGGCAACCUCCUAGUGAUACUCAUUUUGAACUACAGAUCAGCUCCACAAGAAUGACUGCCUUCCGGUUUCCCAUUUAUGCUCUAGUUCUGACUGGUAUCAUCCUCAGGGGCUUUGCCUUAGAGACCUUCCUUGCUGCUGUUUAUGAGCAUGCAGUUAUACUAUCAGGAGCCACUCCGGCCCUUGUCCCUCGAGAGGACGCCUUGAAGCUGAUGAACAGAAACCUAGACAUCUUGGAAGGUGCCAUUAAAACAGCUGCUGAGCAGGGUGCCCGCAUCAUUGUGGUCCCUGAGGAUGGCAUUUAUGGAUGGGUUUUCACACGAGAAACAAUCUACCCUUAUCUUGAAGAUAUACCAGAUCCUCAGGUGCAUUGGGUUCCGUGUGAUGAGCCCAAAAGGUUUGGACUAAACCCAGUACAGGAAAGACUCAGCUGCAUGGCAAAAAAUUAUUCCAUCUAUGUGGUUGCCAACAUGGGAGACAAGAAAUCAUGUAACUCCAGUGAUCCCAAAUGUCCCAGCGAUGGCCGCUACCAGUACAACACAGAUGUUGUUUAUGAUUCAGAAGGGAAAUUUGUGGCGCGUUAUCACAAGUACAACCUUUUUGCAUCAGAAAUCUACUUUAAUUAUGCAAAGGAACCACAGUUUGUUAACUUCGACACGCCCUUUGGGAAGCUUGGAGUUUUCACUUGUGCUGAUAUACUUAACUUUGGGGAGCCUGCUGUAUCAUUGGUGGAGAAAUUCAAGGUGGACACUGUCCUGUUCCCAACGGCCUGGACGAAUACUCUGCCCCUUCUCUCUGCUGUUCAGUACUACUCAGCCUGGGCUAUGGGGAUGCGUGUCAAUCUCCUCGCAGCUAAUAUACACAAGCCGCACCUGGAUAUUACUGGAAGCGGUAUCUUUGCACCUGAGGGUCCGAAGGUGUAUCACUUCGAUUUGGAAACACAGAAUGGCAAACUCCUGCUUGCAGAACUUGACGUAUAUCCCCGCCUCUCACCCACCUAUCCUCCCCGAGUCAACUGGAGCUUAUAUGCUACAAGUGUCAAACAUUUCUCACCAGAAAGCCAAGUGUUUACAGGAAGCAUAUAUUGUGAUAACUUCACCUUCACGGAAUUGUCACAAGAAGCAGGAAACUUCACCGUCUGCCAGAAUGGCCUCUGCUGCCACCUGAGCUACAAGAUGACAGAAAAGCGAAAAGAUGAAGUUUACGCAUUUGGUGCUUUCGAUGGGCUUCAUGUGGUUGAAGGAGAAUAUUAUUUGCAGAUAUGUACAUUUCUGAAAUGUAAGAGUACAGACUUGAAAUCAUGUGGGCAGCCAGUAGAUACUGCUCAUACAAGGUUUGAUUCCUUUUCUCUCAGCGGCACAUUCAAUACCAGUUAUGUAUUCCCUGAAGUCUUGCUUACAGAGACUCAACUGGCCCCGAGAGAAUUUCAGGUGCUGCCUGAUGGACGUUUGAUUAGCAACGACAGUAUUUCAAAGCCAGUCUUAUCUGUGGCUCUGUUUGGAAGAUGGUAUGAGAAAGACUCUCUACAUCCACUGUACACGUCACCAUGAAAUUAAUCUUCAUUACUUUGCUUCGUUUGUCACCUUACCAGCAUUCUCUCCUCUAGUCACUUCUGUUAUGUCUCUUUUCCUGAGCCUGGUGUACAUUUGUGUGUGUAGAGCAGAAACCAAAAUAAACAGUAUUUCAUUGUUGGACAAACCAGACUGAUUGCAUUAGGAGCAAUUAUCAGCUAUGAGCAUGGAUUAAUACAAUAAACCCAUGUACACUUUCCGUUUUAUUGCCAUAUCCCAUAACCAGGAAUGUGUGAUAAGCAACAAAGAAAUACUUUGCCUUGAGAUUUUGUUAUUACGUAUAACUGAGAUUCCUACAGCAUGCUCAGUAUCUAUUGUAAAGUGUGUGUGUGUUGCCGGGGUGGGGGAGGGGGGAGGAAUUAUGACAGUCUUUAGUCCAGACUGUAAGUAGUCAGACAACUAAUCUUUAAACUUUGCUGUCCAGGGGAAAUCUAUAUUGCUUUGGUGCUACUUGAAACUGCACAUUUUGAGAUGCCUAAAUUUCCACCUUUCUUUCUUGUUCCUUAGGAACACUUGAGAACAGGCUUUUCUCCGCGCAGCCACCUUGCCCCUCUCACAUCCUUUUUGGAUGGAGGGGCAGGCAGCAUCCUCUUCUGCUUGUAACUUUCUCUUGUUUUUCCACUGCUGACUAUCUUUUGAUUAACAGACUCCAUCUAAAAGUACCUUGAGUUAUGUUGGAAUGCUUGAAGGGGAACAUAUAGCCAAUUCACCCCAUACUUUAUAAGGUCACCGUGACACCUAGACUGUCUUUUUUCCUGGACCAAACAAUGUGUGAGUUUAUACUUUUCUUGCCCUGUGCAUAUCCCACUCUGGCUGCUUUGCACUGGCUGCCCAUCCGUUUCCGCAUUGAUUUCAAAGUGUUAACGAUUACAUACAA